AUGGUGUUCAUGGUGAAGAAGCACAUCGUCGACAGCUCAAAACCCAACGAGGACCGGAACACUUGGCUUCAAUCAAUGCAUGACAAGACUGCCAUGCUUCUUAUCUAUGAUUAUGGCGUCAGCCUCGGGAGAAAACAAGAUCGCCAAGCGUUUUGGAAGGCUGCUGAAGUCACGCUUCGCGAGGUUGUGGGGCGCCUACAGGAUCUUUGGGGCGCCACAUACACAGGUGAAGCUGUGGUGUGGCGUAUGUGGGCUACUGAGGUGCGGCUACUGAUUCUCGUGUCCAAGAAUACGUCAAUGAUCUUCACCACUCGACACAAAGUGCUCUCGACGUUGUGA